GUAAUUAGUACAUGUAAUUGUGUACUGGGUGUUGGGAUUUCUUUCUGAUUGAUCAGUGAAACCAGUAGUUAAUGUUGUGAAGUUGUGACAACAAGAUUAAUGGUGAGAGAAAACUGGGCGGAUUACACAGUCGACACUUCUUACCUCGGGCCGAAAUAAUGUUGUGAGGUAAACUCAGUCAAUUCAAUUAAUUGUAUUUCUAAAUCUAAUUCAUUAUUCCGCUCGAAUGCUUUCGACAUUUUGCCUAAGUAUUGAUGUAAUGCAAUGAUUUGUGAGCCAUCUCAACAUAUAUACCUGUAAAAGAGAAAACAAUCUGUUGCGUAAGCAUAUAUUACUCGGCAUUUAUACUUAAACCGUGUGAUAGAAACAUUCAAAAUGGAGCAAAAAAUAGUGCUUGUACUUGUCCUUAUUUCUUUGACGACUGGGUACGCUGAGAAGACGUUCGACUUGGAGGCAGAAGACUAUUUACAUAUACCAGCAAAUGAAACAAUUAAAAGUAUAACUAACAGAGAAACAGCUUCGAACAAGAAGGCUGUGUGGAUGCUUGUCUCUCAAAUAGGCAUGCUGAAAUUCGACUUCUGCCUAGACAAGGAAUCGGAUGUUCUGGUCGACAACAUACUGUACUCAAACGACGGAGAGGAAGAUAUAUUAACUGUUUUGAUGAACUGGGAAGAAAUAGGAACUUUUCGAACCCAUUCAAGGAGUCAGGGUGGAAAGGCCUGGACUGAUUAUGUGUCGACGGGAAGGAUAGGUCGUAUUCGUCGGCUCCCAGCAGGGCAACACAGUCUUGUACUGCUGCUUACUCAAAGUGACAAGUUUGGAGUGGAAAUCGACAAAAUUACUGUGAAAAUCGGCGAAGAGAGCAUUCAAGAACAAGUAUUUCUUUGCAAUGUCUUCUGUUUUGAUGAUAUUAAUUAUGAACAUUUGAAAGGUAGAGACUAUGUUCGGAGUGCCAGACUUGAGCAGAAGAGCGAACCCACCCAGUGUGCAGAAAUAGACAACAUCAAAAUACCAUUUUAUCACAACUCUCUACAAUCCUAUGAAAUCCGAGCGAUGCAUCCAAAAUAUAAAGCGUACGCAAAUGUCCGCGAUCCGGAUUGGACUAACUGCGACAUGGCCAUAGAAAGACUUUGGCGGUUUGAUAAUAUAACAUACAAGGUAAACAAAGAGGAAAAAAAGCGCAAGGGAUAUGCGAUUCUUACAUUCUCUCAAGAGGUAAACUCUUAUGUAAUAGUUGUUUUCUUUGCUCUACGUGGACCACGACAGGGAUCUCCAGAUUCAGAAAUCGGGUCGAUAUUGACUGUGGAGCUCCAAGAUUCUUUAUCCGAACCGAUCGAGCUGGGUUUUAAUUAUCUCGGUCGGAAAGAAGAGUACACGGAUCCAGUUUACCAUACAUUUAGACCAGGCGCAUUAAAUUUUUCUCUUGCAAUUCCGGAUUUUACGUGGUCGGGUGGACCUAGUAAUGCUAUUAAAAUACUGAUUCCGAAAAAUCUGAGCGACACUUUAGAUAUCAAAACAAUAAAUCUUCGAAAAAGACCUCAGAAAGAAGAACAGAGUUUCAAUUUUCAUGAUAAUGGAGAUACUAUUAUCGAAGGCGUCGAUGUCGACUUCUGGUGGCAAUACAAUAAAAACAUGACAGUGAAAAUUGAUGAUAAGGUAUUUCCAAAUGCUGAUUAUAUUCGACUGUACCAAAAGCUUCCAUGGACUAAUGGGCAAUACGGACAGACUUUGGUGAUUUACCAGGAUGGAAUGGUACGUCUGCUUCCUCUUACACCGCCAGGAGUAGACUGGAUUCCCUUUGGGUCGUCCGUGCUGAUUGGGGAGUCCAACCCUAGACAACCCCGCCCAUCUGCUAGCAUCAAAAGCAUCGACAUUGAUGUGAAAAAGAUGUCGAUGAAAAUCGUCUACGAAAAUGGUAACACAGCCACGUUGCAUAUUCGAUCUUCAUUUUCGGAGACAAUACUUACGGUCUCAGACGUCACCUACAAGAAUCGCCAAAAAUACCCUUUCUUAACUUUCAUGUCGAUGUGGGUGACUGACGGAAACGCUGAUGUCGAUCACGUGAGCGUCAAUGGCAACAUUGCCCACCGUGUCACCGACUGGAGGAAACUUUUUGGUACCUCCUUCGUUUUCUACAGGAAGUGUCUGUCCAAACACAAUACCUUGAGUCCGGAUAUCCGAGUGGAACUUCUGAAGUAAAUCAGCAAUGAUGUACAAUUGUUCACUUUUGUUAAUUGUUAACAAUAUUCUGCCUAUGUAUAACUUUUAAAAAAGCACAUGUCCGUAUCAUAUUUCAAUACAGUUCAGUUAUAUAAAAUUUAACUGAAGACGGGAUUAGUAAGCCAAUAAAGUGGGUGAAAUAUUCAUCAAGGAUACUUAUUAAAAAAAAUUAUUUU